AUGACUUCUGGCCAAGCAAGACAAACGAGAGGAAUAUCUGAGCAGCGAAAGGGGCGAUCCAGCGAAGUCAGCAAUGAGAGAAAAGAACAGGGACAGCACAAGCAAGGAGCAUCAACUUCAUACCAAGACCGGCCAGAUAUACCCCAACAGCCUUCCUCACAAGCCUCUCAAACAAGCCAUUACCAAAGUAUCUUUAGCACCGACCUGCCACCCUCAUCAACAUGGCCAAAUCCAAAGGCUAUCCCCAGCCACCGAGAAAUAGACUACUCACUCCUCGGCUUAACAUCGUCUACUUCUACUCCUUUGCGAGACCAAUCAACAUGCUCUUUCUCUCCAUACUGUCGGACAACCCACCGGCUCCAAUAUCAGUGCUACACCAUCGGAGCUGCUCAGUGGGAAGCAGAGAAUAAUGGAACUAUCACUCAAAUGCAUGUGAGCGACUCCUCUAUGUAUACCGACGCGCCUCCUCCUGGAUACGGCAUGACAGCCAUGGGACGAUGGAGCGCUGAACGGCAAUCGCAGCAAGGUGCGUUGCUCGCGUGGGAGAAGGAGCGAUUCGAGGAUUCAGCGGUAGCAAUCAGGUGGGGGCUGAAGAGAUUCUAG